AUGACUCCAACAACGCCGAUUCUGUCGCUGGCAUCCAACCCCAUGGGCAAGAUUGACGCGUGGAACCCCGAGUCGCUGGCGUCGCUGUGGACGGUGUUCUCCAAGUGCGCCGAGUCGCUGGAAAACGGCCGCCGGCUGGAAAACCUGUCGUGGCGGCUAUGGAACCGCGAACUGCUCUACUGCUGCGACAACUCCAUCUUUCUGGUCGAAGACAUGACCGACGACGGCAACACCGGCAACAACACCGGCGUCAACACCACCGCCACCACAAACGCAAACACAAACACACACCCCUCCGCCCUCGCCACACCCAACAACAGCGUCCAGACACGACACACCCUGCAUCCCCAGAAACCGCCACCGGACGAUCUGCUCAAGUCGCUGUCGGCACUGUCCGUGUCCAACGCCGAAGAGCAGCACCGACACGAUGCCUCGCAAGACCGUAACGACCGACAUGACCGAGGAGUCUCCCCACCACAGCUCUCAAGCAGCCUCAGCUCCGACGCCAUUUCGGACUCGGACUUUGACGGAGACGCAAUCGGCGAACUCGCCUCCAGGAGAGUGUCCACCACGUCCACCGCCUCGACCCACGUGGACAACCAGCAUCGAUCGGCCCUCUCCUCCCUGCAUUCUACCCGAUCGAACACCAACAGAAGCAAUCUCGCCUCGUCAGCCUCCACACCAACCCUCUCAACCACCACCGCCACCCCCGCCGUGUCGCGCAUCUCGUCGCCACCCACGCUGCGCACCCUUGUAAAUAGCAACGACACAAACUCACGGCCUACGAUCCGGCGCGGCAACAAAAGCAUCUCCGACUACCGCUCUCUGUACCGCAAGCGUCCCUCUAUGAAACGCAAGCGGCUGUCUCCGGCAAAGCUGCACGAGUUAAUGCAGUUAUUUAGGCCGGUCGGCCAGGAAGUGGAGUAUUGGCAGAGCCUCAGGGACGAGCGGAGGAAACAGAGAGAGGAGGAGGAACGGGAGGGAGACGACGACCAUGGCGAUGAACAUGACGAGCUAUCCGAGUCGUCAAACAGUGUAGGAAGUCACGUCCAUGUGGGUGGUGGUAGCACCAACGAUACCACCCAUGUGAUGCUCCCCAGGGAGGUUUUGACCAAGGAGGAGGGCAAAAAGGAGGCUGCGACAGGAGCAGCAACAGCAGCGAGAGAGGUGUCUACCGGAACAGGUGCGGGAGUCGGUCACAAGGAUAAGGAUACAUUGUCCAAGGACGUGACGUCCAACACCUCUUCCAACGCCCACAUCAAAUCCACUCUGGCGCCCACGUUCUUUGCUCGGUCCCGACGCUCUUCGUCCCGCCACAGAGACUCGUUCAACCGGGAGAAACCGGUGCUUGUGGCGCCCCGAACCGCUCAGCAGCAGCAGCCCAAGGUGUCGUCACUGUUCCGACGCAACACCAGUGUCUCUUCCGGGUCGGGAUCCUCGGCCGCAGCUCUUCCGCAGUCGUCAGCCUCCGCAGUGGCUGACUCUGACUCGUACGAAGACGAUGAGUCUGAUUUCACAGAUGAGACUGAUAACGACGAUGACAUGGAGGCCGACGAGGGCGCACGUGGCGUGGCUCGUGAAUUGUCCGGCUCCGGGUCCGUCUCGGGAGGGAACCUGAGACGUUCGGAUACGUCAACCUCGAUUGUGCGGGGUUUUUCGCCGUCCAAAACGUCCGUCAGUUUCCUCGGUCGGUCGUCAGAGAUGAAGCAGCAUGGGGCUGCUGGUAGCGGUGCUGGCAUUGUGAGCGCGGGCGUCAACGGCAGUUCUGUCAAUGGCACUUCGAUUACAGCCUCCUCCCAAUACCAGCAAGUGCCUCGGCAGAAGCAGAAGAUGUUUUUCAUCGAGUCUUCGCCAUCGGAGAGCGACGGAUUUGGCGAGUCUGUGACGAAAUCCGACUGUUCGUUUUCGCCUCUGAAGAUGGAACCCCGACUGAGCGGGCAGAGCGGUCAUGCGGCCUCCAAAUCAAGUUUGGUGGACCGAUCGGUAGAAAAGUCGGUGGACAAGUCGGUCAAGAAACAUGUGUCGGUACAGUCACCCCCUAAGCUCGACUCCACCAAGUACGACGACUACUACAACGACGACGACGACGACUCUGACUGGGACUCUGUGGAGAGUGAUGGUUCUUCUGCAAAUGAGGAGCCCACAUUUUCACGGGAGGAAAACCUUUCAGGCCACAAUCUCGUCCGUCCGUCGCUUCUGUCGUCUAUGUUCCUCAACAACCCCGAUCGUUUGCAGGAGCAGAUACAGCAGAGCAAGGACAAGUCACGCAUCUUUUCCAAGGGCAUGAUUCCGGACGAGUCCAACUCUGUGAGUUCCAAGCUCGGCUCCAUGUUCUCUGGCCAGGCAAAGCGGGUAAACACCUACACCAACUUGUCUGAGGCUAACUAUAUUGUUGAAAAUGGCGGUCUAAACAGCGACGGUGAGGAUAUUGCACGAGACAACGCCUCUGUGGCUCGUUCUUUGGGGGUCAAGAGUGCCAAGAGUGCUGGAGAGAAGGACAACAAGCGGCCCAGUAAGAACAAUUCUGUGGCUGACCUGUCGCGGUUCCCCGGAGUCGGUCCUACGCCUGCCACAGUUCUCUCGGCCACCCCAGUGGCUGUGGCGACGCACGAGCCUGUUUAUGGUUCGAUUCUGCCUUCCGACGUGGUCAGACACAGUAUGUUGGCAUCGGAAAUGUCGCAGAGUGUGCAAAAGUCGCUCAUGAACCAGAGCGAGUUGGAGCGGCAGAAUCUGGAGGCGUUGAAACGGCGGCAUACCAGUAUUGAUCUGAAGAAGAUGGGGGAGAAGCCGGAGUGGAAAAAGGAGGCGGACGAGCCGGCGGAUUUCGAUUAUCAUGCCAGAGGGUGGUAA